AUGUCGCUAGCCUUUCGACAUAUUACCCUCCGCCGCGGCGAGAAGCAUCACGAAGACCUCAUCGCUCUUCGAACGCGUGCUCUGAAGUAUGCUUCCCCUGAUGCUAUCCGAAUCUUUUCCAUUUGUGUCGACCUCCCUCCCCAAGAAGCCCGGGAGAUCGAGGCUCUACAAGACGCAUCCAAAGAGAGUAAAUACAGCUUUGGUACACAUGAACCCACCUCCUUCGAGAAUGAAGAAGGUCACGAUGACAACGAUAUAUCGUAUUCCAGCUUUGAUAAGGGAGAACUAGCUGGCAACGCCAUUCCUUGGCUCCGUCUUCGGGAAGUCAACUACCAGCGUCCCAACCCCCCAAUCCACGAAGAUGUGAACACCAACGUUUCGCAUACAACCACCGACCAUGAAGGGGAUGUUGCUAUGAAAGAAGAAGACUCAGACGAUAGAGGUUCCAGUACAUCUACCUCGGACGCUGGAGACGACCUGGACUACCAGAAGUGGAUUGAUGAGAAUACCCAGAACGGUGCCGUGAUGCCCCUGAACCUUGACGAUCGCGAGGAUUACCAGUCCGAAGCUUCAACAACGGACGCGAGCAAUUGCAUUGACUACCAAAACUGGAUGUACGACAACUCGGAUGGAAACCAUGGCAUUCCCAUCGAUCCUUGUCUCGAAGACACCCCCAUGCCCAACGCUCUUGAUCCCUCCCUCAACGAAUCUUCUACGAACGACAUUGAUGUAUCUGAUGUCGUCCAGAAGUGGCUCUGCGAUGCUCCUGGAACUACUAUAAGCACUGAAGAGCUAUCCAUGGCUGCUUUGACUCAGGAUACCGACACUGUUCUGGUCAAGGGCGUUCAGCAUUCGCCCACAUCGGGUAACGAAACCAACGAGCCUAAUCCAUCGCAUACUUUUGACAUAUUUGAAGACGAAGUAGACUCUCUAGGCAGCCUAACUAACGGAGAUACUACCUCCUCAUCUAUUCAACUUUGCUCCACGACAACUCAGAGCCACUCCAAUGAUGGCCGGGACACAGGCGAUGCCGGGAAAGAUGACACCAGUUCAGAAAUCUCACUCGAUAGCGAUAGCGACAGCGAUACCGAAACUACGAACACUUUGCUACAACCUCGUAAAGACUACUGGCCGGCGAAGCUCAAGCGUAAACUCGAUGAGGCCGAAGCCAAGUACGAAGACUACGUCUGUCAGCGUGAGACGUUCGAGCGUAACAUUGCAAGCCAGGUCGAACACAUAGGCAAGAUCGAUGACAACGAGCUCUGCAACUUCGUCCGUAACAACGUUGUAUAUCCUCCUAGGGUCAACGUACGAGAGCUUCUUGAUCUGAAGGAUUGCAUCGAAGAUGUGGCUGAUUUUAACCACGAUGGCAAGAAAAACCUCCAUGAGAUCAAUCGCGAAGCGCACAAGCGUAAAGCGCUGCGCUACGAGCCGCCAGGAUCCACGAAACGCUUUCGAAGCAGAUGUCUUGGAAGCUCUCUGCGAUAUGUAAUUGGAAUCGAUCAGGACUGGGGAGAUGAGGACAACUAG